UUGAGGUGACAUUGGCGUUGGGUGAUUCCGGAUGAUUCAUCAUAAGCCCUCCGGCAGCGCGCUAUUUUAUGAAGAUGGUUCAAGACUGAUAACGUUACAAAGUCGUCAGGGUUAAGAACCGGACCGCCAGGAUCUUUUGUUGGUUUUCUAGUACUAACUGUGACCGCGUCUCACGGUCGGACUGAGGUCUCGAACGGUUUUGAGGCCAGCACGAAUCCUACUGAUUCUUGAGACCAUGUCUUUGUUUUCGGGCUUGAACACACCUUCUACUAGUUUUCAAGAACCCCAGCGACCAGAGCUGUAUGAGGAGGUGAAACUCUACAGAAAUGCUCGCGAACGCGAAAAGUACGACAACAUGGCGGACCUGUACGCCGUCAUCAACACGCUGCAGAACCUGGAGAAGGCGUACAUCAAGGAUCGUGUCACGCCUAAGGAAUAUACGGCGGCGUGCUCCAAGCUGCUGGUCCAGUACAAGGCGGCCAUGCGCCAGGUGCACUCGGAGGAGUUUCCCAACGUCGAGGUCUUCAUGAGGAGAUUCAGGCUGGACUGCCCGGCCGCCAUGGAGCGGAUUCGUGAGGACCGACCGAUCACCAUCAAGGACGACAAGGGCAGCACCAGCAAGUGUAUCGCCGACACGGUGUCGCUGUACAUCACGAUCAUGGACAAGCUGAGGCUGGAGAUCAAGGCCAAGGACGAGCUGCAGCCGGACAUCAGAGACCUUCUGGACACGAUGAACCGACUGUCCAUGCUGCCGGAGGAGUUCGAGGGCAAGCAGCGGCUGCAGGUGUGGUUGACGGCGAUGGACGAGAUGCAGGCGGCCGACGAGCUCAGUCCCGAGCAGAUCCGACAGCUGCUCUUCGACCUCGACUCGGGCUACAACGCCUUCAACAAGGUGCUGCACGACCACUAGCUGCGAUGCCGAAGCCUGCGGCGCGCCGGGCCGUCCUGUGAGGCCACGCGCGGCCGCUGGCUGCGGCCUGCGCGGUCUCAGCGACGACGCUGCGACAGUGUUGGCUACCGCGCUGGGAGGGCGCAGAUACCUUGGCGCCGUGUCGCCACCGACCGGUGUGCCAGGGGUCGCCGCCGACCGAUGUGCCAUGGGUCCGCCGCGGCUGCCGCGCGAGCGCCGCGCAGUAUCGCGCGGGGCCGGCGGACGGCGCGGUCGGCCAGCUGACUGGAGAAUUGCUGCGGGCUGAGCCGCACCGGGGUGGGACCAGCGCCGGGUCGGUGUGCCGAGGCUGGCGCGCGCGGCGUCGGCCCGGGGCGGAGCCGGCCUCCUCCGACGGCGGCCUUCCCGGACCGGCAUGGCGUCCGUCGCCGUCUGGAGCGUCGGCUGUGAUACCGCGGGUGGCGUGGCCGGCCGGUGCGCUGCGUCUUCGGACCUGCCUCCAGCCCGUGCCGCUGGGACGGGGCGCGCCCCAGCGGCAGACUCCGCUGUGCGCCGAGUCUUGACUCGACUGUGGGGUCCUGAUUUGAUUCGAGUGUUCCCCUCUGCACCGGCUGCUGUGCAUCACAGUAUCUGCACAGGCGCAACGGCAGGCGUGUUUUAGGCCCGUAUGAGCGCGUUCAGGUCAUUCCUGACCGGGGAGCUGAAUGCCGCGACUUCUUGUUCGACGGGACGCGCUUCGAGCGGCGCUAUUGAGUGCUAUCUAAGUCGUCGGGGUCUAGUGACUGGGCCGCUAGCUAUACGGACUAGCCGAGGUUUGUGAGAAGACCCCUGACCGAGAUAUUCCCCGCAGCGAGCUGACGCGCGCCCGGGGUCGGCGAGCAGUGGUCGGGUUUGGCCGGCGGGACAUUGUGAGCGUGCGUGAUUGUGACUCAGUGGGCGGCCGUGCAGCGAUUGUGAACGACCGUUUUAAUAGAUCGUGUAGCGUCUACGGA